CAGUUAGAAAGUGUUAUUUUUCGCGUCAUUUCGGCACGUGCCGCGAUUUUAUUCGUACCACGAUCGUAGCACGUGAAACCCAGUAGUUGGCAGCUUAGCCGAUAAAAAAGGGUAAAUAAUUUCGCAAUCUACGGAAUGGUCGGAUUUGCUAUCGCACUGCAAUACUUAUACACACGUUUAUUUUACUAGGCAUUGUGGUGGCCGCUCCUAGUAGUUUAUGGCCUGUACUAUAUCGCAUAGUGAUCUGAAGACAGAAGAGAAACAAAGCUGAGCGCAUAUGAGCGCAAAUUAUAUCCCAUGCCCAUUGUACUUUUCUCCUCCGUUUUUUUUUGCACGCCGCCGUUCUCUCAAGCACGGAUGACUUCUGCACUUCUGCUGAUCAGUCUAGCAAUUGUUUUCCUUUAGUUCAGUCGACAUCGUUUAGUGACCCUUUCUAGAAGUGAACUUUUUUGCCCUUUUUUAAACUAGUUUUAAUAGUUGCCUUGCAGAGAACUUAACAAACCCGUCUAAUUGAAAUAGUUCAACGCUAUAAGUGAUGGAGAAAGGCACAAUCAGACAUUUGCUGGAGCUUUCCUUGGAGGAAAAGCGCGCCUUCCUCAAAUCAUUCGACAUGAUUAUGUCUGAUUGCGAUGGGGUCGUUUGGAAUUUCACCGGUCCUAUCCCUGGCGUUGAUAAAGCGCUGCAGCUGCUUAAGGAUAACGGAAAGAGGUUAGCGUUUAUCUCAAACAAUGGAAUGCGCACAAUGGCGGAAUACAUGGACAAAUUCAACAAGCUCGGAAUCGAGCCAGAGGAGCACGACAUUGUGCACCCGGCGUUGACGACGGUUAAAUAUCUCAAAUCGAUCAACAUGCAGGACGCGGUGUACUGCAUUGCCACCGAGGUGUUCAAGGAUUACCUGCGAGAUGCAGGAUUCGUUGUUCUGGAUGGGCCCAACGAACACAUUGCGGACGAGCGCGUUCCGAACGGUGUGCGCAUAUUCUCCGAAUACUUUUCGCAACAUGAAGGCCCCAAGGUAGGUGCUGUCGUGGUGGAUAUAGACGUGAACAUUUCGCUGGCGCACAUGAUGAAGGCCAAAUGUUACAUGCACCGGAACCGAAACUGUUUGCUGAUCGCUGGUGCCACAGAUCACAUUAUUCCGUUGGAUUCCAGCAUGGACGUGAUAGGACCGGGCUAUUUUAUUGAAAUUCUGGAACGUACCUGCGGCAGGAAAGCGUUGGUUCUUGGUAAACCGGGCCAAGCUUUGUCGGAGUUUAUACUGGAACAGUUUCAUGUGACGCAGCCCGAAAGGACGCUAUUUAUCGGUGACAUGCUUCCACAAGAUAUGGGAUUUGGCACGCGGUGCGGUUUCCAGAAGAUUCUAAUGCUGAGUGGUGGAACGACAAAGGAGAUGUUGAUGACGCACACCAAACCAGAGGAACUGCCGAAUUACUACGCGGACAGUUUCGCCGAUUUUAUCCAAUUGUACAACGACGUAGCUAAGAAGUAAACUAUUCGAAUUUGGAUCGAUACUAGGGACGUGAAAGUUGCCGAUAGAAUUGAAAAAAAGAAUGUGAUAUUGGAAGUAAGCGCUUUAAUCAGAUGUUUUUUAGAUUUGGGACUUGAUGUUACGUGGAUCGUCAACUGAAAAUUGUACUCGUCCGUAGGGCGUUCUAAAUUUUAUUGAAUAUAACUAGUGUUGGUAGAUGUCAUAAGCACUAAAAUUAGUAAAUACAUGACUUGAAAAAAUAGGUAACAUUCA